AUGCUCGAUUCCGGCCUGUGGGAGGCCUUCUUCGUCCCGCCGGCCGAUAUCUUCCGCUGUCCGCACGACGGCUGCACAUGGACGUCCUCGGUCCCGGACUUUCAGGGCCGCAUGGCCGGCGUAUCCCGCCAUCUGCGCUCUUUCCGUGUCCAUGGCCAACAUGUCCGGAGCCAGAAUCCGAUCUCAUGUGCUGUCUGCCUCGAGUUGGUUGCCUCUGGCGAGUGGGAGGACGAGCUUGUCCACCUCGGCCGCGCUACCGUCUUCGCCGCCUCGGUCUGCACUCCCGACGAUGUUGCCGAUGCAAAGCUCCACGGCGAGGACGAUCUUCCGCUCCGCAUCGUCGAGCCCAAUGGCGAGCCCGCCAUCGCCUCGCUCUACCACAUCUCCCAGGUCCCGGCUCCUCCCAACUCCCAGCCGCCGCCGCCGUCUACCUCGUCGGUGCCGCCGUCUGCUUCUGGGCCCAUCACCUUUUCGUCGCCGGUCACCUCGUUUGCCUCGACCGCCUCGGCCGCCUCAACCGCGACGCCGACUGCCCCGUCGACCGCAUUUGUCCCGCUCUCCAACUCGCUCAAGCGCAAGCGCUCCGAUCCCCCACCGCUCCUCCACGCCGCCUCGGCCGCCACUGCCGGCGCGUCCGCCAGCGACCUCCGCUCAAACAACGCGAACAAGUCAGGUCCGUCGAUCAUCGGCCGCAAUGUCAUCUUUGCACCCAAGAAGAAGGCCAAGACCUCGGCUACAUCGACGGUCUCAACCGCGGCGCCAUCUGCUGAGCUCCCACCCACCGAGGCCACGUCUAUCGCUCCUGCCUCUCCGCCGGCUGACCCGGCACCGGUCGACCCGCCCCUUCCCCCCAGCUCGUCGCCGCAAGACGCGACCGGCGUGAGCCAGAAGGCGCUUGCCAUGGCCAUGGCCAAGGCUCAAAAGUCGCGAGCCAAGGCUCAAAAAUCUCGAGCCAACGCCAACGCCAAGCACACUGCUGCUCACACCUACAUCGACGCCGUACCAACCGCCUCGCGCUCCAUGCACGAGUGCCCGCACGCAGGCUGCUCGUGGAAGUCGUCGCCGACGAGGUCCGUCGCCGAGCAAUUCUUUGAGCUCCAGCUUCACAAUGUCGACCUUGACCAGCACCGGGUCCACGUUGCCGAGGCCGGCGCCGACUGCGCGGUCUGCCACAAGCUUGUUUCAGGCGGCAUCUGGCUCGACGAUCUCUCCGCCGCCGACAUCGACCCCAACUUUGCAUGCCGCCAUGCCGGCUGCGACUGGGUUGCCUCCAUGACCUCGCCCAUCCCCGAGGAAAUCCAAGUCAUCCGCCACGAGAUCGACAUGGCGCUCCACCUCGAACACAUUGGCCAGCCGUGCACCCGCUGCGCCCGCCUCUACGCGGCCCGCAUCUGGGAACCUCGUCGCUGA